AUGGCAUCGACAGCGGAUCCGGGCAGCCUUGAGGCGGUGGCAGAAGAGCUCUUCCUGAAGGUCAAGACUGCUGGGCGAUGUACGCUCUACUUUGUGUUUGAUGCGGUUCUCUUCGCCGCGUUGGACAUCAUCGAUCGCAACCGAGUUGUGCAGGUCGUUGCUACACCCUCUGGGCGCAGCUACUAUCAGCUGGCGGGCCAGGGCAAGAAGUCGGGCAAGUGGAGCACCAAGUACAUCUGCUUUGGCCACUACUGCUCCUGCCCGGCCUUCACCUACUCCGUGCUCAAGGGCGACCCGCGCGAGACUCCCUUCAUGUGCAAGCACCAGCUGGCCGUGCGGCUGGCUCCGUUGGUUGGCAAGUGUCGCCGGAAGGAGCGGCGGCUCUUCUUCCCUUCCCUGAGCCUAAAGACCACGCUCAUGUAUAUUGUCUGUUCCACAGGGCAUCAGCCCACUUCGCACAUUGGGACAGGUCUUGGGGAAGGUACCGAGCGGCAUGUCUUCGGGACCGAGGCGGGAGUGGGGCAGAGACCGAUAGCGCUCCUCGGCCACCUCGAGGUCCACGGCGCACUUGUAGAGGUCGGGGCAGAGGGGUCCGUGACGCCGGCUGAUUUCCUCUCUGAGAUCGAAAUGGCGCCUCUGGCGGGGUUGGCAGCGGGAUCUUGA